AAAAGAAAAGAAAGAGAUCUCAGAGAGAUGAUCAGAAUGAAAGAAAGAAGAGGGAAUAAUAAUAAUAUUGGUUUUGCGAUAGCAAUAAUAUUAAUCCUAACGAAUCAGAUUGCUAUUUGCUGUUCUGCUGAGAUUCAUAGGACAAGUUUCCCAAAGGGCUUCGUCUUUGGCACUGCUUCUUCAGCUUUCCAGUACGAAGGAGCUGUGAAAGAAGAUGGAAGGGGACCCUCUGUGUGGGAUAAAUUUUCACAUACUUUUGGCAAGAUAUUAGAUUUUAGCAAUGGUGACAUUGCCGUGGAUCAUUACCAUCGGUAUGAGGAAGAUAUACAACUGAUGAAGGACAUGGGGAUGGAUGCAUUUAGGUUUUCCAUUUCCUGGUCUCGGAUUUUUCCCAAUGGAUCUGGAGAAAUCAAUCAAGCAGGAAUUGAUCAUUACAACAAAGUCAUAAAUGCUUUGUUGGCGAAAGGAAUUGAACCCUAUGUAACCCUUUACCAUUGGGAUCUACCCCAAGCCUUGGCAGACAAGUACAAUGGAUGGCUCAGCCCUGACAUCAUAAAGGACUUCGCAAUUUAUGCGGAGACUUGCUUUCAUAACUUUGGGGAUAGGGUGAAGCAUUGGAUCACUUUCAAUGAGCCUCAUACAUUUGCUACACAAGGGUAUGACGUCGGCCUCCAGGCUCCCGGCCGCUGCUCGAUCCUCCUCCGCCUCUUCUGCCCCGCCGGCAACUCUGCCACUGAACCUUACAUUGUUGGUCAUCAUGUUCUUCUCUCUCAUGCAACUGUGGCAGAUAUUUAUAGGAAAAAGUACAAGGAUGUACAACAUGGAUCACUUGGGAUAGCUUUUGAUGUCAUAUGGUAUGAGCCACAAACAAACAAGAAAGAAGACGUUGAAGCAGCCCAGAGAGCUCAAGACUUUCAGCUUGGCUGGUUUCUGGAUCCAUUGAUGUUUGGAGAUUAUCCAAGUUCAAUGAGAAGCCGAGUUGGGAGCAGAUUGCCAAAAUUCUCACAAUCUGAGGCCAAUCUUGUGAAGGGUUCAUUAGAUUUUGUGGGAAUCAACCAUUACACUACCUUUUAUGCAAGACAGAACUCCACAAACAUUCUUGGAGUUUUGCUUAAUGACUCAAUUUCAGACUCAGGCGCCAUUACUCUUCCAUUCAAUGGAACUAAAGCUAUUGGAGAAAGGGCAAAUUCUAUAUGGUUGUAUAUAGUUCCAAGAGGCAUGAGAAGCUUAAUGAAUUACAUCAAACAAAAGUAUGGCAACCCUCCAGUCAUUAUCACUGAAAAUGGAAUGGAUGAUGCAAACAAUAUAUUCAUAUCUAUUAAGGAUGCUCUCAAGGAUGAGAAAAGGAUUAGAUACCACACUGGCUAUCUAUCUAGUUUACUAGAUUCAAUCAAGGAAGAUGGGUGCAACGUGAAAGGGUAUUUUGUAUGGUCAUUAUUGGAUAACUGGGAGUGGGCCGCUGGAUACACAUCAAGAUUUGGUCUUUAUUUUGUUGAUUAUAGAGACAAUCUAAAGAGAUACCCAAAACAAUCUGUCCAAUGGUUCAAGAACUUCCUCAACCACUCAACUGCUGCUGCUGAUACAAAUUGAUGAACAUACCUGAAUAUUAUUGAAAGCUAAUUACAUGUGUGUUGUGAUUUGAAUUUACAAGUGCUUUUAGACGGAAGAAUAUAUAAUGAAGCUGUUAAAAGAUAGUUAGAGUGUGUUUUCCCAUUAAUGCUAUAGGUUUUUUCUUUUCUUUAUUUUUGUUUGUCGUUUUACUGUUGACUAUAUUUGUUGCAGAAAUUUGUAUAUUGUUCAAUUUGAUUUGAUAAAUAAUUAUUGUGACAUUAACCCAUAUGAAAAGUAGAGAGGAUUCUUUUUUGGUUAAC